AUGGAUCUUAACCUCGUGGAAUUUCACCAUAUCGUCGAUAAUCUCCGGCACAUCUACGACCACAGGCGUCGCGAACAUAUGGAGAGAAUCGACGGCCCAAAAGUCACCGGCAUGUUUAUUCCCUGUGCUGCAGAGGAGGAAUUCGACUGCCGCACCUUCGAAGCCGUCUCCGUCGCCGCAGCACAGUUAAGUGCUCAGAGCGAGAUCGCCUCUCCCAUCAUGACACGCAUCGGCAUCUCUCUAAUCAUCCGCCGCCUUCCGUUCGAGACACGCCGGCGGGACAGGUGGUUUCGUACUGUCACGGUAACCGGGAUACGGCGAGGGGUAUGUUCGAGAGCUGCUCGAAGCAGGACUUCUUUGAGUGGCCGUCUGAAUGCAGAUGCGCAUAGCCCGUACAAGGUUGAGACGGAGGAAGAUCUUCAGCUGGCGAAUAUGCUGGGUGUUGCUGGUCUGAACUAG